AUGCUACCGGGGGACCUGUUUCUCGGCAGUCCGGGGAUCCCAGGGUCAACGAUGAAGUUGACACCGGGCGUGGGGAUGACGCUGCUGAUCGGCAUCGCCGGUAGCAUCUUUCUCGUUACCCAAACUCACCGAUUGUUGCGCAGCAAGCUCAGCCAUAGACGGCGUUCUUCCCGGAAGCCUGAUGCGGCAGAGUGUUACAUGUGUAACGUAAACAUCGAACUCGAAAGUACAGACAGCUUCGCAACAUGCCGCGGUUGCGAAAAACUGGUCUGCCGCGGCGAGAACUGCUGCCAGUGGGUGGAAUCGAUCGGUAUCUGGGAAUGUACCGGGUGUCAAUCGAAUCGCGUAAUCCAGCAAAAAGCGGGCGAAUGGUUGCUGAAUCAGUUGACCGCCCGGCUCAAACAGCCCGGCCCGGUAGAGCUGAAGGAAGCCAAUCUACUCGGGCUUGGUUUGGACACCGAUGACGCGCGCAGUACAACGAGCUCCACGGUUUCGUCCAACCAGCGUAUAAAGGUGCGAGAAUUCAUCGAGGAGCUGUUGUCGAGCAUGCUGCACGGUCCGCUGGACGAUGUGUCCGUAGGGCAGCUAAUGAAACAUGAAAGCUAUAUAAGACUUUUUCGCAAGUUCCACACACGUUUGAGCAGGUGUCUGUACAAUCUUGAACUCUCGAUCCAUCACUCACUAAUGUCGGAUCUACCACUAUGGGAAGGUCAACAGCAGCAUCACAGCCCGAGCGAUCAGCACUUCGAGCUGAAGCGACUGAUACAGAAGAUUCUGGAAGAGAUCGCCAAGCUGCCGGAGCUGCUGAACCACAGUGGCCUUCCGCUACGGCCGGAAGAGCAUCUGCCGUACUUCGAUCCGAAGAAGUACGAACAGCUGUUGGCCACUGCGGUAUUAAAUAAGGUGGUGGACGACUAUCGGAAUCCGAAAAACUUCACUAACAGCGGUGACGUGGCAGGGAAAUCGAGCGGUGCUGCCACACCGUACGGUACGGUUGACAUCAACCACAAUCUGCUGUCCGAGGAGGGCAGCCAUCGGGGUUUGCUGAGCAAAGAAUCACUCCGACAGAUGUCCGUAACGGCUGAUGACGUCCAUUUGCACGAAGGCGUCAGCUAUACAGCCCCCGGAGAACGACGACUCUCCGAUACCGACGAGUCGUACCUGAGCGAUUACAUCCAACGGCACAAAGUACCCCUGCCCGAUCUGUCCGAUACGACCGGUUCCGGUUCCGGUGCGGAGGACGACGAUCUGCAAUCACUCAAAUCGAACGCCACCGAUGGUACGUGGGAGGAGAAUUGGCUUUUCCGCAAGCGGCAACUAAAAACCACAGAAUCCUCGAUCGCCAUGCUCGUGCCAUCGCCGACAGAGGAGGUGAAAGCACUGAUCGGCGACAAGAAUGCGGACGAGAUCAGCGAUCUUUCGGAGGCGGGAUCAGAUUGCGAGGGGUACGAGUCGGAUGGUAAUGCGAAUGCAGGAAGCAAUGCACCAAAACAGCGUCCCGCGGCAGUAACCGCUACGAGCAGUAAGGAUACGAGCGAGGGUAUAUCCUCCUCGUCCAAAACACAAGAUUCGCUGGAAGAGCAGCUGCCGCCCGAUAGCCUCGUGUCGAUCAACUCACUGCCGGUCAAUGAGGAUGUCCUGUCGGAGGCGACCAACAGUCAGCUGCUGGCAGAACAGUCGACACAGAACCAAACCAACGGUCACAGUACGGUCGGUUUGCAGAUCGAUGAUCUGAUCAGUAUGGAACCGGUAGCGGAAAAGGUGGAAACUACCAAUCCGGCCAUUACGAAUCCCUUCCUGGAUGAUGUUUUCGAGGCAAACAAUAACGUCAUUACCGAUGAUGUGAAGUUACUACAGCGCACCGAGGCCGGUGACAAUCGCAGUUCCGCCACCGAAUCCAACACCAACGGUUACGGUGACCGAAAAGAAAUCCCAAUAGAUCGAGUGUCCCAACAACUGCUGCUGCUGGAAACUCAGUCACCGCCGGACUCUCCGAUACAGCAGGUGCUGUCACCCCAUCCGAUCACGAUGACGAUCACGGAUGUGUUUGAUCGGCUUGCGAACAGUUCCCCGCUGACGGCAAUCUCCGAGGAGCAACCGCCGGCCAUGUUGCAGGACGAGAUUGAAACGGACCCAUUGCCAACUGUGGAACCGAUUGAGACUACGCUGGAAGUCAUUGCGGAAGAGUAGUGUUCUCUACCGACGGAAGUGAAACAAUCGCCACUGCUUCCAGCGAACAGUAUGCAAACGGAACCGGAUGAUGAUUGCGAGUAUGGAACGUUAUCGGAAGCAACCAAUAACAGUCUUCCAUUGGCAGAAUCGUUCAAUGGGUUGGAAUCGUUUGACGCGUACGAACCGGCUACCGAUGCCAGUCUGCUCACGGGACUGGACGAUGAGUUCUGUUCGUUGAUGGAAGAAACCUAUCCCGAUCGAACGACGAUAGAAACAUCACCUGAGCUGCUUCAAAUACGAGAAACUCCACCAGCGGCACAUUACGUGAGCAAUCACGAUCAGCUAGAGUUUGCCGAGCAGCUAAUGGCACUGGACCAGCCAUCCGUUCCCGUCAAGCAAGAUCCAUUUGAGUGUACAGAGGAAGACACACCAACUCGAAUAACGCUUCAACCAGACCUGGUAACGUUCGACAAUAAUGCACCCAGUCCGGAGGGACCACCAGGUAUUGUGGCCGUUACGGAGCAGAUGCGUGCGUACUGUGAGGAACUGAAGAAUAUUCUGAACCACCCUGCGGUUGAGUUAUCGGAUGAGCCACUUCCACCCUAUCCGGAUCCCGAACCGGAUCCGGAGUGGGAAAUGGUAGAAUCGCCCGAGGAACUCGAUGCUCUGGCCGCAUUUCACGAGGAGCUGCAGAUUGCCAUAAAUGAUCCAGCACAAACGGAAGUUCGCCCGUGUAAGGAUCAUGCAAUCCGCGAUGUGCCUCUGGUUGAUUUGGACGAGUCCUUUCCUAGUCCCAUCGAAAUAGCAGGUUUACAGAUGGCUGAAUAUAGUGACAGUUUGAAGAACAUAGAGUACGUACAGGAGGCCAUUGCAAUGGAUGAAGAAACGGUCCCCCUUCCGGAGUGUACCAUCGAGUCGGCAGAAUCACCACAAGCGUUGCGUGUGUCUUCGCCGGAACCACCGCCACCGAUGGUUACUGUGCUGCACACACCAUCCACCGAGCAACCAUCCACGACGGUAACGGCCGAAAACGAGGAUCCCUCGGGCGAGGAUCCGUCCACACACACGGAGGAAUCGAUCGAGUCCCGGUCGGAGUCCAAAAUCGAGGACACCAGCAUGCCCUUCAGUGACACAGAGCUUCCCUCCCUCUCAUCGCCAUUUACUUCUUUCUCUACCAACACCACCUUCACCACCUCCACCGCCACCAUUAACAAUUGCAUGUCAACUAACCUCACGGAACAGGCAUCGUCACCUAGCAUUGACACUAACCCCUCGAAUAGCAAUCAAAGUAUUGUAUGCGAAGCUUCUCCGGACACCGAUCUGGAGGAACCGCACGCACUGGACACUGUCGCUGACGCUUGUUCGAUCGUUGCAGCACAAAAAGUACCCGACCAGCAACAGGGCACCACCAACGGAGCAGGUGAUGGUCGGACAGGCCACAACGAUGCGAAAGAUCAAGAAGCGUCCCUGGAUGUGACGGACACGUUGAUACCGGGAUCGAUUGCUGAGCGGGAGCAUAUGAAAUGGCGUAACGCUAAACCGAUCGCCAACAAUCCCUACUCGCCGGAUGCACUGCAGCGUCGACUGUCCGAAAAGAGUCGACCUACUAGCAUGAUCGAGAUCGAUCGGUUAGUGCGGAAGGAAGCAGCUCCGGCAACGGGAGACACCGGGGUACUAAUUGACGACGAGAAUCCACCCAAAGAGCCCACGGACUCUGGCACAGAAAAUGAUCGUUCGUUACAAUCCGUUACGGGUGGAGCGUUAGCGGAAAAGAAAAAGAUCGGUCGGGAAUACUACAUCAACGAUCCCGAGCGUCUUCGUGCGGGCGGUGCACCGGUCAUGCAAACGCUGGGUGUCCAACAGCAGCAAUCGCACAGUACCGACGAUGAGAAAUCCCUUCUGCUUGGCCGCAAUGUCGAUGAUGGUGUAGCGGUGCACCAAAAGCUCUCCCCGGACCCAUCCGGUAACUCCCUGUACCGUUCGAACAGCUUCGGCAAACAGCGAGAUCCGAAGGUGGAAGAUAUCUUCGCCGCCCGUCCCAUACAGGUAACGGCCGAUGAUCCGAUCCUUAAGCAGGGUACCAAGGUGAGCUACCUGAGUACGCCCGCGCGUGAGAUCUAUCUCGUUCCCCUGGAGCCGGAACCGAACGGUUCGAUGAUAAGCCUCUCGUCUGAACUGAGCUCCGUCAACUCGCCAACCUCAUCAACCGCCCGUCCAGAACUGGACAGCCUUACGUACAGUGAAGAUUCGGACGUAACGCGCAUCUACGACCUGACCACCGGUGAGGCGAAGGUCGUACGUGCGAACCGAACGGAACCGGAACCAGUGCCCGAUACCAUCCUCCAAAUACUACCUCAAUCAUCACCGAGUCCGGUAAAGUCGGCGAAUGCUAGUCACGCAGUGCCAGCAGGUAGCACCGUAUCUGCCCUAAAGUCUCAGCUAUCCACCGGCGAUCGGGCGGACGAUCGUACCCAUGCACGCCGUUCGCCCUUCCCGGUGAAACCACUCUCACCGGAAACGAUCAAGUUCUUCGCACCGAAACGCAAGCUUAGCUUUACCGGUAGCACCAACAGUUUGGUGAGUGAUACGGCCAAAGGAUGUGAGCAGGGCACUACGCACGUACUGCCUUCAAUGCACUCAUCGCUUCACAUUGACUUUCCCGCCACGCGAACGGUCACCGGGAGCGAGUUUGCGAUCAUCGAGAAGGACGUGAUCGAUGUGUUGCCCUCGGUGAAGGAACUGGCCAAAUGCUACAGUGGAAGUACGAGCGAUGUCUCGACGUUGCCUCCCAAGCCACUGUACAAACCAAGGGUCAAGCUUAGAAAGGACUUUAUCCGCCAGUCGUCCGAUGUGCUGAACGAGGAAGGGAUGCCGAGCGUCGAUGCGAAGGGCCAGCGUCAGUACAGCAGCACGAGCAGUAUUGCGGUGCGGGAUGAAAUACGCGAGAUACGGAAGCUCAAUCUGGAGGCGUACCGGCAGUCGACGUACUACCCGAUGGCACCCGGCCACAGCAUAACGGCGCGCAGUCUGUCCAAACAGAUCCGUGAGCAUAAGGCCAACAACGUAACAGACGACCAUAAGGUGGGCCAACAGGAGGAACCGUCGCCGACAGGGGACGGUGAUAUCAAUGGUGAGGUGACCAGUGAGGGUUAUGGUGACGAUGGCCAUACGUCACCGGAACGUCCCGGCAGUCCCGUACUACUUCCAGGCCAUCUGAAGAAUAGCAUAGAGUUUUUCGAAAGCCUCAAGAGCAAAUCGUAA